CUCCCCGCUCCCCAACGCACCCGGGGGGCCGGCGCGCCCUCCCUGUGAGUGGCGCCCAGCUGCCCACGGGCGCCCUGGGUGCCAGGCCCCCCGGCUUGGGGUCUGACGGGCUUGUGGGGGAGAGCACAAGUAUGCCCAGAACUGCAAGAAGGAUCUGUGAUCCUGUGGCCAGAAUACGACCUGUGCUUGUGUCGUCUCUGCCGCAUCCCCUCCUCGGGACUGCCGCGUGGCCAACGCCGAAGAGCGGCUCAUGGACGACCUCCUGAACAGGACGCGCUACAACAACCUGAUCCGCCCGGCCACCAGCUCCUCCCAGCUCAUCUCCAUCCGGCUGCAGCUCUCGCUGGCCCAGCUCAUCAGCGUGAACGAGCGUGAGCAGAUCAUGACCACCAACGUGUGGCUGAAACAGGAGUGGACAGACUACCGCCUGGCCUGGAACAGCUCCCGCUACGAGGGCGUGAAGGUCCUGCGCAUCCCCGCCAAGCGCCUCUGGCUGCCGGACAUUGUGCUCUACAACAACGCGGACGGGACCUACGAGGUGUCCCUCUACACCAACGCGGUGGUGCAGGCCAACGGCAGCGUCAUGUGGCUGCCGCCCGCCAUCUGCAAGAGCGCCUGCAAGAUCGAGGUGAAGCACUUCCCCUUCGACCGGCAGAACUGCAGCCUCAAGUUCCGCUCCUGGACCUACGACCACACGGAGAUCGACAUGGUCCUCAUGACGCCCACCGCCAACAAGGACGACUUCACCCCCAGCGGCGAGUGGGACAUCCUGGCGCUGCCGGGGCGCCGGACGGUGGACCCCCGGGACCCCCGCUACGUGGACGUGACCUAUGACUUCAUCAUCCACCGCAAGCCGCUCUUCUACACCAUCAACAUCAUCAUCCCCUGCGUGCUCAUCACCUCGCUGGCCAUCCUGGUCUUCUACCUGCCGUCCGACUGCGGCGAGAAGAUGACGCUGUGCAUCUCGGUGCUGCUGGCGCUCACCGUCUUCCUGCUGCUCAUCUCCAAGAUCGUACCGCCCACCUCCCUGGACGUGCCGCUCAUCGGCAAGUACCUCAUGUUCACCAUGGUGCUGGUCACCUUCUCCAUCGUCACCAGCGUCUGCGUGCUCAACGUGCACCACCGCGCGCCCGGCACCCACACCAUGGCGCCCUGGGUGCAGCGCUGCUUCCUGCACCAGCUGCCCGCCUUCCUCUUCAUGAAGCGCCCGGGGGGCCCCUCCCAGCCCGGCAGGCCUCGCCCGGCCCGGUCGGAGGCCUCAGCCGCGGGUCCCGCCGUCUACGGGAGCUCCUCCACGUACUUUGUGAGUCCUGACGCCGUGGCCCCCAAGGCCCCGGCCGCUUCGGGGAGGUUCCCGCGGGACGUGCAGGAGGCGCUGGAGGGCGUCAGCUUCAUCGCCCGGCACAUGAGGAGCGACGACAGGGACCAGAGCGUGGUGGAGGACUGGAAGUACGUGGCCAUGGUGGUCGACCGGCUGUUCCUGUGGGUGUUUGUGGUCGUCUGCGUGCUGGGCACUGUGGGGCUCUUCCUGCCCCCCCUCUUCCAGAACCACACACCCUCGGGGGGGCCCUAGGCUGCCCUGCAUGUCCCAGGCCCCCGCCCCCGCCCCCGCCCCCAGUGUGUAGGGUGAGAUGAUGGGAGCGGCCCCGUGGGCAGUCUGCUGUAUCUUUAGGGUGAGAGCCGCUGGGCCCCCAAAAGGAAUAUGACACCAUCGCCCGUCAACCAGCCACAGCGUGGGAGGGGCGAGGCCUGAGGCCUGCGCUGGCCUCUCUGAAGGCCGAGCUGGGACCCAGGAAAGCCCAGCUGGAGGAGCUCGGGGAGGUUUGGUUCUGGCCAGUCUUCCCUGCAUCGGGACAAGGACGGGCACCAUAGCAGCACCUACUAUGUGCCAGUCAUCUUACACCCACUAUGUGCCAGUCCCCUUACCUCGCACCCUCCCUGCCCCGGUCUCCCUCCUGGUCCCCCAGGCCCACUGGCCCUCUCUGUCCCUCACGCACUUCAGGAUCCUUCCCAGCUCGGAGCCUGUGCCUUUAUAGGACCUUCGACCCAAACCCUCCCGCCCCCAGGGCCUCCCAGGCUCUGCCCCGGCUGCAUCCUCCCCGAGAGGUCUUGCCCGGUCCCCCACUCCGCAGCCUUCUCCCCCGGGGCCACAGUACCCACCACCUUCCUCGAGUGCCCCUCAGCUCCCGGGGUUCUUGUCUGCGGGCGUGUGUGUGGGCCACGUCCGUCCCCGGGGCCCGGGACAGAG